AUGGAAACACCACCAACAAAUCAUACUCACGUUGUUAUACCACCCUUAAUGGUAUCAAAUGCUACAUCAAGUCAUAAUAUAUCGGCCUCUCAUACUAGUAGUCAUCAACAUGUUAUGGGAAAUAAUUCAAUGAUUAUCGGAGGUAGUGAUGAAUAUUUAAAUGCUUCUAUCAAUUCUUUGGAUAAUUAUGGCUACGGAUCUUUAGAGAAAAUGGCAGCAACACUUACAGAACCAUCAAAUAUUUUUGGUAUGGGAUUAAUUGAGAAAAAGAAAAAAACAAAUCCUCUACAUGAAGUUAGAAUGAGGGAAAAGCAAAUGUUGGACAAUCAAAGAAAAAAAUUAUCAUCAACUAUAGAUAGAAAUUUGGAAAGAAAAAGAUUAUCAUCAGCCUAUACGAAUUCGAGAAAGCAGGAGAAGGACUCAAGUGUCAACUUGGGUAAUUCCAUCUCUUUAUUAAAAUCGCCCAGAGAAAUUCAAUUAUCCCUCAAUCCAACUACUCAACUCAAAGAAGACCAAGAAGAGGAGACUGAGUUUGAUACAACAUUUUCAAGAAAAUUCCACUAUGUACAUAUUCAAGAUGAAGAUGUUACUGUAACAAAAGCUUUCAGUAGAGUAUCAACAGCCGCCAAAAAUCAAAGAAGAAUUAGUACACUUUCAGAAUCUUAUUUUAUUCCUUCGCUUGUAGAAUUGUGUGCUAACGAAAUUGCUAAAAACUUUGAAAAACGUCCAACAUUUGAAAAAAUUCCAACUGAGCUAAGGCAGCUAAUUUCAAAAAAGCUCUCUGUCAAUAUUCCUCUUCAAAUAUCAGUACCUCUAAUCGAUGAUGAUGACUAUUGGAAAAAAUGUUGCUUUAUGAGAUGGUCUAUUGGACAACUCGGAACAUACUGUACAAAACAAGGAGUGGAGUUAUUUCAUGAAGAAAACCCAGCAAGAGUUGAAGAUAUCAUGAUAAAAGGAAGUUUCAAAAGUAGAGUUCAACAAAGAUAUAAGAAAUCAAAAGGAAGUAAGCUGAAUCCUGAAGAAGAGAAAAAAGAAGCAUCCAAAACUUGGAAACAACUUUAUCUAGAAAUUAACUUUGAUGAGUUUUUAGAAACACUCCAACCUCAAAAAACCAUUCUGCAAGAACUUAAAACUAUUUUUUAUCAACCAAAGCCAGAAGAAAAGACUACUUUAAAGAAUUCAGAACUUACUACAUUGAGAACGCUUCAUGAAAUCAAGCGAAAAAUCAAUGAAGAAAAGGCGCUGAAAGACGAAGUUGCUCUUCUUAUGGCUCAAACAGACCCUCAAAAGAAGAAGGGAAAGAAAACAGAGGAAACAGUGAUAGAUAUUCCAGAUCCAAACUUAUCAGUAAUUAAAGCAUCAGACAGUGACGAGCCAUCCAAUUGUGAAAUAUUCCAAAAGUGCCUUCAUUCAAAUCAAAUGAGACCAAAUGUGAACUAUUACCUGUUACACUGCAAAACCUUAUCAAAGGAAGAAUAUGAACAAUAUCCAAUUGAAAAAUUUAGAGACAAAUUGACAGAACUGUUUGACGGAUUGCAAAGUCAAGGUACUAGUAGAUUAAGCAAGAUCACUAAUGAUGACGAUAUUUUUACAUUCUAUGAAAGUGCAAUCCAAAAAAGAGAACAAAAGAUGCAUAUGAAUCAAGAUUUAAAAAUGCAGUAUUGGUUAUUAAACAAGAAGGAAAUGUUGGAAGAAUCAGAUGCAGAUAUUCAACAAAUGUUCGAGUUUAUAAGGAAGAAAAACCAAGAGCAUUUAACAGAGUUAUGUAACAUGUCAAAAGGUUAUGUCAAGGAUAUUAAUAUCAGAGGUAUUAAGGAGCAUAUUGAUAUCCAGGAAAUAUUUGAAAUUUUACCUUUCCUUGAUACUGUAAGAAUCGAAUACUCUGCAAGAAAUGUUGGUAUGACAUUCGACACGUCUUUAUUGGGAAUUAAGAAACGAGAUUGUCAAAUGCUGGCAAAAAUACUUUCUGAUAGCUCAAAAGCCAAGUUUUUAACUACUUUAGUUUUAUCUGAAAACCUUAUUGAUGACGAGCAAACAAAAAUUAUAACAAGUGGACUUUACCUGAACACGAGAAUAACUUCUAUUGAUUUGUCUCACAAUAGGAUUAGUGUAGAAGGGUGUAAAUCAAUUGCAGCCAUGUUAAAGGCAAACAAAACUCUCAAAAUUCUUCAUAUUUCAGACAAUGAUAUCCAAACAGAUGGUGCUCUCUAUAUUGGAUCUAGUUUGAAAUUCAAUUCAUCUUUGAAAGAAUUGAAUUUAAGCUUGAACAAAAUUGGUGAUGCUGGAGCUUUGUCAGUAAUUACAAACUCUAAAAAUUUACAAAAAUUGAACUUGGCCAACAAUGUUAUUACAGAGCAAACAGGAAAUCAAUUAAUAAGAAAAAUGGAGGAAUACAAAGAAUCGAAUACCUAUGCUUUGACACUCAUUACAUUGAACACUUGGAUGUACGUCUAA